GAACCUUUUUUGUGAGCUUACGUUUUUUUUAGGGGGGAAAAGGGAAGUGCGUGUCCAUCCAAUUAAUUAAGACAAACGUGGAAUUUUCUGAGAAUGUGCCAAACCUAUAACAAUGCUUUGACAAUUUUCACUUACAACCACGAAUUUUCGACGUGUUCGGUUCCCUUGAUGCUCAUCUGUUAGAUUCAUUGUUAAAUCUAAGUUUUCAAAUUUCAACCAUAAAACUUUUAAUUUCUAGCAACCCCAUUACCUUAUUGCCAGCUUUUGAUUCUAAAGGUUAUCAUCAACAAAGAAAUACCCCCCACCCUAAUCUAGGACACUUGUCAAACUUGAACUAUUGCAAUGUUCCCUAAGCGUUUUCGGGACCCCAAAACAGGUGUUUGAUGAAAUGUCUGAAACAGACACUCAGUUUCCUUUUUGUUUGAUUGCAUUUGUUUCGUUUUAUAUUCUUAUCUUCCAAUCCAGGUUUUCAUCUGCUGAGUUCAAUGCAUGCUAAGAAAUACCUGAAGAAUAUUGGGUUGGAAAGCGAAGACUACCACUUUUUCAAACGUGUUGGGAAGGGCUUACUUUGCACCUAUGCAGUACUUGGGGCUCUGUGGCUCUACAAUAACAAUUCAUCACUGGGGUGGGAGAAACUGAAGCCACGGCUGAAGGAGCACGAAGAAGCAUUGAAGGGGUUCAUCGCCGAGGGAGGGAUGAUUGGAACAUCUACUAGUCCAAAAGGGAUGGCUGAGAGUGAUAAGGAGAAUUUUGAUGAGGAAGCUCAGAAGCUGUGGUUGAGGAUGAAGAAUGAGGUCAAAACUGAACUUAGGGAGAAGGGUUUUGAUGUUGAAUAAUUUUACACUGUAAAGUGAGUGAAUGCCAGUGUUAUUCUCAUGACACAUGAACUGAUUGUGUGACUGUAGUUGUAGUACAUGCUAGGAAACUUGUUCAUGCUACAUGGUGAAGUAGCAUUUUGUUGCGUUUAGUGUUUGAUUAUAUAUUGAUGAUAAAAGGGAAGGAAUAAUCAGUCUGCUCUUGUAUAAAUUCAAGAAAUCUUGUUAAAUGAUCAAAUUUGCUCUCUCCUAUCGCUUGAA